CACCGCCUUCGCUGUCGCAGUCGAAGAAGAAAAGACAACUUUUCCGCCUGCAUCUUUUCUGCUCUUUCUCCUUUGUGAGCUGACUUCUUCGACUUCGGUCUGCGAGAAGGCAAUCGUGUCGCCUGCAGGAGGGGGAUCAGCCUUUCUUAAGUGACAGACAGGUAGAGACAGAGAGAGGAGAGACAGAGACAGGCAGAGAGAGGACGAAAAGAAACUGGCCAAGAGCCUCUGAGUCGAUACGAGGAAGUUCUUCCCAGCCUGCCUCUGUCUGUAGAAGAUCAGUUGCCAGAAGAGAAUGUUUUUUUUCUCGAGGCGAGAGGAAUGACGUUGCGUUGCAUGGUUUCUGUGGCCUACAGAAAGACCUGAGCAAUCGCAUUUUUUUCUCUUGGGUUUCUCGCCUCACCUUCGGCUUCUCUUUAAAUUUUCCGACCCUCCAUUUCCUCUCGAGCGUUCCGUCCUGCUUUUUUCCCUCAUUCACAUCCUCUUCUCCAAGCGUAUAUUGUCCCCUCUUUUCCUUCUUCCCCUGCCCGUUGACGUCUACUCGUGGUUCCGUCGUCUUCACUUUCUUUUCGGUUCCUUCUCUUUGUAAUCUCCUCUUUCCCUUCUUCCGUUCACCUUCUUGUAUCUGUUAUCUUCUUCCUCUCCUUCUUUUCGCUCUUCGUUCUCCUUCAUCUUUCCUGCCUUCUUACUCACGGAGCAGUCCGUGGAUGCGUUCCAGAACUUCCUUUUCGUUCUUUCUUUCGCAUUCUUCAUAUUUUGUGUCUGCGACCCUCUCCCUGUUGCAGCCUUACAUGAGUUCUCCAGCGGCCAUUUAGCUCUCGCGCUUCCCCUUGGAAGCACCGCAUUCUUGACUGUUUUCGCAAAACGCUGCAGAUAUGGGUCCACAUCCACCGUCGGCUCCAUUCGCCUCUCCCUCUCCCUCUUCUUCUUCCUCUACUACCUCUUCCUCUUCUUCUCCCUCUUCUUCCUCUGUCGCUUAUUCUCCGUUCUCCCUUUGUGCUUCUGCAUGCGUAUCUGCGGCUGAGGUGACUUCUGGGGCGUCAGUCUCUGUGGCGAGUCGCCGAGACUUCGCGGCUCUAAUCAGCGGGGGGAAAGACAGCAUCUACUCGAUUCGCUACGCCGUCGCUCUAGGCCACAGGCUGCGCUGCGUUGCGUAUCUGCGGCCUCCUGCCUCCGUCGUUGAGGCGGACAGCUUCAUGUACCAGUCUGUCGGCGCCGAGCUCGUCGCAGAUAUUGCUCGCUGCAUGCAGGUCCCCCUCGUCGUUCGGACGAUACUCGGGAAGCCGGUCGCGACCGACAGUGUCGGCUACGCAGCUACCAAGGGCGACGAGGUCGAGGACCUCUUCGAGCUUCUCAGAGAUGUACAGACUCGCUUCCCCUCCGUCGCAGCCGUCAGCGCGGGCGCUAUUCUUUCCGACUACCAGAGACAGCGCGUCGAGAAUGUCUGCAUGCGCCUGCACUUGCAGCCGUUGUUUUUCCUUUGGCACCGGGCGCAAGGUCCCCUGCUCAGGGAGAUGGCGGCUUGGGGUCUCGACGCCGUCCUCGUGAAGACCGCGUCGUGGGGUCUCAAGGCUGAACACCUGGGCGCGACGAUCGGAGCUUUGGAGAAGAAGCUCGAGGAAAUGGAGCAGCACUGCGGCGUUCAACCGUGUGGAGAAGGCGGCGAAUACGAGACAAUCGUGGUGGACUGUCCUCUAUUCCGCGAAGCCGUUAUGAUCGACAAAUGGAAAUUCAUUGUGCACUCUCCGGACGACUUUGCCCCUGUUCUCCUUCUCCAAGCUCGACGCUGGCACACAGCCGCCAAGGCCGAACUGGCCGACCAAGCUCAGGGUCUCUGGUGGCCCAGAGACACUGCAGACGACGAGAGAGGAAUCGACGAAAACGACGCGGAAAAGUGCAUCCAUUCUCUGACAAACAGCUCUGGAAAAAGAGAAAAUCAGACACUGCCCCUGUAUUCGCUUGCCGCAGCUGAUGCGGCGAAACGCGCAGCCGACAAGGCCCGAUGCGCAGAAGCCGAGAGCGACGACGGAGACAUCCACGAAGGAGGAAUCGCCGAAGAAGACGCGCGAGCAAACAAAAGAGAUCUCGGGGAAGAACUCGGAGAGGGGAACGAUGACGUUCCGGAUGGGGUAGGAGUUGAACGUGGAUGGCUUUCAGCAGAAAAUGUCGCACUCAGCUUCGAUAAAAAGAAGUUCAAUGUUCCCUGUGCGUGUCGCUCUGGGUUCUCCUCUCACUCUGCAUGCCCGGCCUGUGCCUUCCUCCAAGAGCUUUUCACUCUGGACUUCUUCCUCUCUCCAGCGGCUCGACUCCUCGUCGCUCGCUCGGGGUGUCUGUACACCCGUGCGCUUGCGCAGCUGGCCUCGAGGCUUCCUCGGAAGCAGACGGCGCAGUCUCGUCUUCCAAUGGCUCCUUUCCAACAGAUCCCCUGUGGAGGCGCCAGACUUUGCGUUACCGGGACGCGCGUGCGCCAGACAGUUCUUCUGCAUGCAGUUCUGACAUUCGACAGAGACAGCAAGUCGAGAGAAGCGGCCGCAGCAACCGAGAAGAGGCCGCGCGGCUUCUCGCCUGCGGAUCCCUGCCUCCGCUCUGCUCCUUCUUCGCGCUGGGGAGCUCAGGCGUCGAAGAGAGAGCACGGAGAGAGCCAAGAAGGGAGACGGAGAAGCGUCAGCUUGGAAGCGGAGCGGGAGGAACACAACGCGACAAGACAUCGAGGACCCUCCGUGGAGUGUCUCAACAAGAAGGCGGUCUGCCUUGAAGCAACAGUGAAUAUGGAAAACGAGAAACAUGCUGUUUCCACUCUGGCCUCCCUCAUUAUCAAAAGCAUACAACAACUUAGACAGGGAGCAGAAACGUCUCAUCCAUCCAAGAGGAGAGACGUGGCGAGCACAGAGACUUCUCUGGAAACGAAGGAGAUGAAAAAGUCGAGAGAGACUUUGCCCAUUGCACAUCUGCUUCUCGUUGCGUUCUCCCCGUCUUCUCUGGGCGGAGAAGACUCUUUCCUCAGAGAAUCUGUUCAGCCUCAAACGCCUGCGGGGAGCGCAGAGCUCACACGUUCUCAUGUUCCUCGCCAGACACGACAAGAUGAGAGAAACGAAGCCCGAGAAACAACGAAACCUAGAGACUCUGAAACUCCUUUUCUCUACACACCUUCGGAUUCGUGUAGCAUGUCGUUCUCCUCUCCUUCUUCUUCUUUACCUUCUUCUCCUUCUAGUUCUUCUCCCUCCCCUUCGUCUUCGUCGACGCUUGUCCCUGCGUCUGGGGAACUGCUUGAUCUAGCUCGACUUGUUCAGAAUGUCUUGUCGGCCUUGGAUGCUUCAGCCACUCAUCCCUUUCCGGUUACCUCCCUCUGCGCGCCUGCUGGGCAAGGAGGGAAGACGGUUCCGCUGCUGCGGUUGGCACUGGAGCUCGACGAUAGCCAGGCACACAACGAGACCGGCAGAGUCCUUCUUUGCCUCCCAUCUGGCGGCUCUGAGCUCCUCACGGAUACGGCGAAUCAACGUUUGGAAACCGAGCGUCCUGAACCUUCUUCUUCGAGCACAUCGUCGGCUUCCUUUUCGGAAGGCGCGUCACUGUCUUCGUCUGGAAUGUCUUCCUUCGUCUUGUCUGAAACGGUUCGCAGAUUCAAAGAGCCCUUUGCCACGCGUUCCCUCAACUUGUGGGUCCCGGCUUUGACUGCAUUGCCGGAGUUGCCUCAGGCACUGAACGAGAGGAGUCAUGCGCCCGUGGUGGUGAGGAGACCGGAAGAGGCGCUGAAGGCUGGUGAGGACGACGCAGGAAGAGAGAAAGCCUACGCGACGCACAAAGAGGGAGAACGAAGCUCAACUUCUGCGCGCUCUUUCUCGCUUGCCAGCAACUUAUGUCAGGCGGCUACGUACACUCAACACGAACAGAUCUGGAAGAUCGAAAGACAGGACAGAGAGAGGCGCGACGACGCGAAGGAGUUCCACCACUCUCACUUGCCCAUUGGAAGUUCUCCUUCAAACAACCUGCCUUCGGUGGCGUGUUCUUCCAUGCGAUGCAUCGCAACCCAUCCGCUCCCAUACUCUGAAAUCCUCAUUGGAGGAAUCUCCGGGCAUCUCCCCCACACGAGUCUUCUUCCAGUUUUUUCUCCUCCACCUUAUUCGUGGUCCCCUGCGUCUCCCUCUUGCUCUCUUGCUUGUUCGUCUUGGUGCCCGUCGCGGCCUUUUGCCUCGCCUGCUUGCCCUGCCUCUGCGAGCAGCGAAGCCGCGCUGAGAGUCUCUCUUGAACUCCAGAGGGAGGAGAGACGCGCAGCCGUCCCUGUCGAAGAUAGUCUGCUUGUGUGCGAGAGAUCGAACCACAACGAGCAGGGCCACUGGGCGGGGACAAAGCAAGAGGAAAAGGACAACUCGGAAGAGACAAAAGGUGAAGCAAGACUCCAAGAGCCUCGCCCACCUUGCGACGGCCUGGCCUUUGCUCUGGAGGUCGCUGUUGCGGCCCGAAACCUCGUCCACACCACGCGGCUCGCAGGCGCAGAAUCUGCGGAAUCUGAGGCGCAGACCUCAGAAAGUGAGAAAGAAGAAGAAGAAGACGGAGAUGACGCGGGAGAAGAGUUCGAGGCCGGAGAGCACGAACGAAGACAGGCGGGGCGACAUGCCCGAGACAGGGUCCACUUGACCACGCGUUUGCCAGCUCCCCCGCCUCUGCUGUUUGCGUUUUCGAGCUUGCGAGAGGCUCCUGGCGUCUCCGAGUUCGCGACUCUAAAACAACCCUGGUCUUCGUUGGAAGGACAGGAAGAUGGCGGUCGCAGCAAGGACGAGAAAAUAUCGGCGAAAACAGCGGCAGCUCGGCGAAAUGGAGAUGCGCGGCUCGGGAAGAGAGCAGAACCGCCCGCCGCGUUGGAUCGACAAGCGAACAACGACUUCCAGAGCACUGCGUCUUCUGCAGUCGCGUCUCUACUCGCAGGCGUCCGCUCGCAGCUGGAAAUCCACCUCAACCCCCAGGGCGUUGUCUUCUGGGAUGCGCGCACCCGAGUGGAGAGACGCGCGAAGAGUCUCAGCCGAGAGGGAGGCAAGGCCGGAGAGACGCUGAGACAGCCAGGACACCUGCGCGCCCCAGAGCCACGGGCCUGCGUUCUCUGCUCCUCCGAGGACGUUCCUCCUGCCAGCCUGUCUGUGAGCUCUUCCAGCUUCUUUUCUUCUCUCUGUUCUCUUUCGCCUGCUUCUUCGUCUUCUUCUCUCUCGUCGAGGGUGCUCUGCAGGCGUUGCGUAGGGGCGCCGACGCUCGUGGUGCCUGCGCAGGUGUCAGGAGUCCAGGGGGGCGGGCAUCUCUCGCUGUGGCCUCUGGGAGUUCGUGGCGAAUGCAGAGAGUUUUCAAGAACUGAAACAAGGAGGGUGGAAGUGCAGCGAAGCUGCAGGGGCUCGCAAAACAGAGAAGAUGCGAGUGCAAGCGACAUGACCGCCGCGCGCUCUCCCUGUCCCUUUGUCUCCGCUUCUUGGCCGAGGUGUACAGACAGCGCGGAGAACGCGUGUGAAGAGGCCGGGGAGCCUGGAGAAGGACGGGAAGGGCAGGCAGCAGAAGGACGCUCGUCAGAGAGCAGCAGUAAGGAGAUCUGGAGUCUCUGGAUCUCUGGGGGCCGAGCGCGAGGGCGCUGGGUGCGGAGAGCGACGAAGGCCAGGGCGGUCGGAGAGAAUGACACGAAGGUGGAAGGCGACAGAGAUGUGGGGAGACGCGGAGGAAGAAAGACAGAGACAGACUCCCAACAGUGGCUGCAAAAGGGGGCAAAGGAGCCGAAGGAGGAGACGACGGGGGUAUGGAAGGUUGAGUUGAACUUUUCUGCUCGGUUAGAAGGAAACGCCGCAUACGAACUCGAAUCCGAGACCAGGGCGCGUUCUGGAGAGCUGCGUGCUAUUUGGGCAGCAGCUGUCGUUACAGCGGCGAAAGAAGCUUCGAGGGACGGGGGCUCCCUCCGCCGAAAUCACGGAACGCUGAGUACUGCCGAGGGCGAGAGAGAGAGAGGAGACGGUCGAGGAGACCAGGAUCGAUGUUCAAAAGCCAAGGAAGAAGGAGAGGAACAAACAGAAGAGAGAGAGGCGAGUUCAGUGCAAAUGGAGGAGAACGAGGAGGCGCUGUCUGUGCUCGUGGAAGGGGUGGUCGAUGCCGUUCUCACGCUGGAUCGCUGGACGCGACAAAGCAUUCGCGAGCACGUUGACUCUGGGAUGCCGACUAAAACCGAGAGAGAGAUCGACUUCGUUCCCAGCCACCCCACAGAGGCAAGCCAAAGGGUUAAGGCCCUCGCUGAAGGAGACUGGUGCCUCUACGUCCUCUACGUUCCGCGCGUUCGUCCGCUGUCUCCUGUCAGCUCGUCAGCUGCCUCGAGAGAUGAAGGCGACGACUGGGAGGAGGCUUUUCGUCGGCUUUUUUUCGCAAGAGUGGAGAGAUUGUUGAGCCCAGAGGCCCGCCAAGACUCCUCCACUUCUCCGAGACUGAGAGAAGACGCGAGCGCUGCAUGCAGAUUGGAAACGCAGGAGACAUCCCGAGACGCGCUGCCCAAAGCUACCUUCCCCCUGGUUUUCGUCCCCGUUCUGGGUCUCGAACAAACAAAGGGGUGCGCGCCGACGAGGGCGCAAGUGGUCGUCGUCAGAGACAGGAAGCAGACACUGUUUGACGUGUAGAGACACUCCAGGCGCUUCUCGCUGUGUGACGCCUCUUUCGUUCUCCUCAGAGGGGUGCUUUCGCAGUCGUCUACGAAUCGUGCAUCAGAAGGUUUGGGAACUGUUUGUAGCUUUUGUGUGAUUCGCGGGUCUCGCUGGUGUACGCGAGGUGUUUGCAUGCGCUGCCUGUUUCACUCACGCUCGUUUUGAGGUCUUCACGACCGCGUAACUUUGGAUGCGUCGUUCCUCAGAAGUUAUAGCUUUCGGUUUUAGACAAGUGACCUCAACGAACUGUGGAGUUUUCAAGUCUGCAGAGAAGAGGCGCUAAGCGCAAAGCGACAUUUCCUCAAUUAUAAACUUCCUUGUUAAGUCUGUGUUAAAACUAGUUCGUUUCCG